AUGGAAACACACCCAGUUCCGGAAGUAGAAGAGGCUAAGAAGGGAAGGACCAAGCCCAAGAAGGAAAUAGAUAGCCUUGAUAAAAUAGAAGCUGAAGGGGUUGAAGAACUCCAAGAGAAGCUCAAAGGCAUGAAGAUCAGCAAGAAGCUGAAGAAGAAGUUACUUAAAGAAGAGGCUGAACGCCAAAAGAUACUUGCUUAUGACCCAGCAUUCCAUUGCCUCAAAUGCAAGGAGAAAGAAGGAAUUAUCAUUAAUAGAGGUGAUAGAAGUUGUGAAAGCUGCUUCAAGCAAGGAUGUAUUCAUAGGUUCAAGACCAACCUGAGAAAUAGUCUAAAGAUCUGGAAAGACAACUCUAACCUUAUCUGUGUCUCUGGUGGGCCUAAUUCAAUGGCGAUGCUUCAUCUUAUGCAUGUCUCUUUGUUCGGAGAAUCUCAGAGGAAGAUGUUCUUUAAAGUGCACAUUGUACACAUUGAUGAUGGUGUUGUGUAUGGAUGGGACGAAGAGAAAAGAAAUACAAACAUCCAGCUUUUCAAAGAUGCCUGUGAGAAGUAUAAAUUCGAAUACACGAUUUUGUCUCUUGAGUCAGUCUUUGAUGUUGAAAAGUUAAAUCCUAAUACCAAAGAAUUCACCCCUCCUAUCGAAGAUAGCAAGGAAUAUGUCAAUCAUCACUAUCAGUCAACUGAAGAGAAUGCUGAAAAAUUGAGAGAGUUGCUAAAGUAUCCUUCAGAACUUUGCUCAAGCAGAGAAGAUCUUAUUUUCAAUCUCAAGAAGUGGCUCUUGUUAGAUUUUGCCUUAAAAUUCGGAUUUAAGAAGCUCUUGUUAGGAUGCACUGCUGUAAAAGUUACUUCCAAGGUCAUGAGCGAAAUUGCCAAAGGAAGAGGACUCUCUCUUCCAAAUGAUGUAUGCUUUGUUGACGAUAGAUACCUUGAAGACAUCAAGUUCAUGAACCCAAUGAGAGACUACCUUCUCAACGAGAUACAGCAAUAUAACAAGUUUAAUGAAGUAUCUGUCAUUGAAAGGACUUCCAUCAGCUUGAAUAAUUCCAAGAAAGCUAAGAAGCUUCCUGGAUUUGGAAGUAUGAAUCUUCUAUGUGAGGAAUUCAUAAACGAGCUCCAGGUUUCCAAUGUCCAGACAGUUCAUACAGUUUUGAGGACCUCUAAUAAGCUCAAGUUGGGAAUCGUUGAAGAUGAGAGCAAGAAUUACUGUGUCCUAUGUUAUGGCCUCGUUGAUCAUGCCACUAAUAUCCUUGAAGUAGGUUCUCACAUCAAAUCUGUCUCUCUCGAGGGAGAGCUUGAUCUUAUGGAAAGUGAAAAUGAUACCUGGAACACAGAAUUUGAGCAACAUUUAUGUUUUGGUUGUAAGAGGAUUAUGGAAAAUGCAGUUGACAAAGAGAGAUUGAUCGACUCCCUUCCAACUUUUAUCAAAGAAAAUGCAGGUUUAUAAAUAUUAUUUUCAACUAAACCUUAA